AUGCCACUAUUCACAAUUGUAAAAAAAAUAUUGAGCCAUGUAAUUGUGAAAUUCCUUCCACCUAAUCUAACAUCGGAAGUUCAACCGCUGGAUCAAGGAAUAAUACGAGCUGUUAAAGCUUGUUAUCGUAAAAAAAUGCUACAACAUCUUAUCACCGUUGCUGAAGACUGCGAUACACGAUCUCAGUUUCUUCAAUCUGUGUCAGUCUUGCAUGCAGUUCGUUGGGUGAAUAGUUGCAGGCAGCAAAUUUCGCCAGAAACAAUUAGCAAAUGCUUUCAACGCUCAGGUUUCAAAGAACGAACAGAGUUGAUUCUUCAUGAAGAAAUACCUACUGCACCUGACGAUAUUUUACAAUCGAUUUUGCAGCAAAAUGAACACUCUGAUGCUGAGUAUUAUGAUAAUGACAACGAUGAAACAGUGAACGACGACAGUACACCAGUGGCAACUCAUAAAGAAGCUCUACAAUAUUAA